AUGGUGGACCAUGAAUCUCGCGGCAGCGGAGGCGGUGGCCACGGACCUCGGGGAGGACAUAACCAGAGAAAAAGACGGUAUAGAGAUGACGAUGACUACGAUCGCAGACAGCAGCGGAGGAGGUAUGAGGAGCCCCUUGCGGUGACUGUGCGGAAACAAUUGGCUACAAUUGCGGAGUCGGCUGUAAGGAAGGCCGAGGACGACGUGGCCCAGAUCGCGAAGACGGUGUCAGAGCACUAUGGGGAUGAGGAUCCGGAGGUUAAGAAUACGUUUGUGACGCUUGUUUUGCAGCUAAUCGGCGAGCAACCGCUCAAGAUCCCCUUUGUCGCCGCCACGGUGCUCACCGCAAACACCAUGAAGCCGGAGCUGGCAGCGGAGGUGUUGAAAAAGGUCGGAGAAAUUGCACAGUCACACAUCAAGGCUGGUAACUGGCGCGAUGUCAAGCUUGUGUUGCGGUUUCUGGCCUGCUUGCAGGGUUUGUUUGAAGGCGAAGGCAUCUUCCCGCUGCUGGAAGAGUUGUUUUCGCGCGCUGUUGAUUUGCAAACAGCUUCUUCGGAAGAUUCCCUGGGAUUGGAACUUGUGAAGAUCAUUCUUUUCACUAUUCCUUAUAUCAUGUCAUCUUCUGCUUCUGGCUUCGAGGCUCAAGCUUCUGCCCUCCUGGAGAAAACGGAUAUCAUCGCCUCGACACCGCAUACGCUAGAAGAAUUGGUUGAUCCCUUCCCGUCUAACGAAGGAAAUGAGGAGAACAGAAUGAGCGUCAUCGGCCUCUUGCAGAAGCAGCUCCAAGAUGAAGCAAAACAAGGCUGGGAGCUUUUUUGUAUACCACGACCAUGGACUGGGUUGAUUCCCGCCAACAAACCCAGAGAAAGCGAAAAUGAAGAAAAUGCAGAGGCAAAAGAAGGGGAAGAACAAAACGAAGAAACUCAAGACCCUUUCAAAACCGCAACCAAGCACAUAUUUCCCACCAUCGCCGUUCCCAACCCAGUCCCCAACGGGCCCAAACCCAUCUUCCCAGACGUCUAUUUCUCCGUCUACCUAGACCAAGACCUGGAAACUGUCCCACCCAUCACAGACGUUGCGGCCUCUUUGCUGCGUGACGCUCUGGCCGACACAAUCGAUAUGCUAGACUUCAACCGCAUCGCAACGGCCAAAUUCCUCAUUGACGUCGAUUGCUACUUUGCGCCCAGCACCUUCAUCAAGCGCGCGACGCCCUUUGACAAGAUCCGGGACGCCGUCAAUGCGGGAGUCGGCGAUCGCUCGACCUGGAAGCCCGAAGAUGUUGCCGUCGACGCGGUAUUUUCGCUUCUUUUCCAACUACCCUCAGCUGAGCAUAAGCUUGUCUACUACCAUUCUGUCCUCACGGAAGCAUGCAAGAUUGCGCCUGCUGCUAUUGCGCCGAGUUUGGGGAGGGCGAUUCGUUUCUUGUACAGGAAUGUUGAGCGGAUGGAUUUAGCGCUUUCGUAUAGGUUUUUGGAUUGGUUUGCGCAUCAUUUGAGUAAUUUUGGGUUUACGUGGAAGUGGACUGAAUGGGUUGAUGAUGUCGAAUUGCCAGCAAUCCACCCCAAGAAAUCGUUUAUCUGUGGUGCCUUGGAUAAGGAGAUCCGACUUAGCUUUGCGCAGCGUAUCAAGGGAACCCUACCAGAGCCUUACCAGGCCUUAAUCUCCGAGAACAAAGAGAAGGACACGCCUGAUUUCAAAUACUCCCUCGAAACAACCCCCUACGCCACCGAAGCGCAAGAAAUCAUGCAACUUAUCCGCAAAAAAGCGACUGACGCGGACCUCCAACCUCACAUCCAAGCCAUCGAACAGCAAGCAGCAGCAUCGGGCGUCACAGAUCCCCUAAUCCCUUCAACAGACGCCUUCGUAACCUCCAUCUGCUACGUAGGCUCCAAAUCCCUCUCCCACGUCCUCUCCUGCAUCGAGCGGAGUAAAGAACGCCUGCUAUCCAUCGGCCCCCAAUCCCCGGCCGCCCGCCGGCAAAUCAUCACCUCCGUCCUCGAGUACUGGGCCGACCAGCCCGGCAUAGGCGUGAACAUCAUCGACAAGUUGCUGAACUACGCCAUCCUCACGCCGUUGUCUGUCAUAGAGUGGGCGCUUGUGGAUCACAUCGAUGGCGGAGCGGCGCUGGCUAAGGCUCAUGUGUAUGAGAUGGUUGCCGCGACGAUGGGCAAGGUUACGAAUCGGAUAAGACAGAUUGUGGCUGCAAGGGUGCAACUGGGUCUUGUUGAGCCGCAGUUGUCUGUUAUUGAUGAGACGUUGAGGAAGGAGAGAGGGGACGUUGGGGUUAUGUUUGAUGUUAUUGAGGGGGCGCUUGUGGGUGUUGUUGGCGGUGCUGGGGCUGGUGAUGGGAUGCAGGGGAAUGGGGCAAUGGAAGGGGAGGGUGGGAUUAUUCCGGAGUGGGGGAGGAGGUGGUUGAGGGUUUUCAGGCGGAUGAAGGCGGUUGAGGAGGCUUUUUUUACGGAGGCGAUGACAAGGGCGGUGCCUGUUGGGACGAUGCCACCCGUGCAGCAACAGCAGGUUGAAGAGGUUUCGGCACCGGCUGAAGCUGAGGCUGCUGCUGUGGAAAAUAACACUGAGAUGGCCGAUGUCGAGUAA